AAGGACACAGGUGGCUAGAUGCUGUGGCAGCUCGUCUGUGAGAGUGUGUGUGUAUGCCAGGCUUUUGUUUCUGUCAUGGAGCUGUAACAGUAUGAUAUGUGCAUAAGUUGACUUGUAGUGUUAAAAAAAAAAGUGUGAAGGGGCAGAAAAGAUCAGAAAAGUCGACAAACCAAAGUGACUUGAGUUGGACAGGUGAAAGUUAGGGAUGGGGACGAUCCCGAACGACGUCAGGAGACUUUUGAUCGACUGUGAAUAUUUUGUAAAAGAGGUCCUUCAAGAUGAGGAGCUCAGUGAAUCUACGAAAGAGACACGGAAAGUCCUGCUCAAUAACUUCAUGGUCGUCUACGGAAGAAACCCUCAGGAAUUCCCCUUCCCUUCAAACUUCAGGGAAGAAGAUGGUUCUGAUGACAACCGCAGCUCCAGCCUUGGUCGCUCUGCCCCAUCAGACGACGCCUCUGUAGCCUCCGACUACCAGGAUGAUGGAGGCCCUGAGUACUUUGAGGACAUCACCCCUGUGGCGGCUCAGGACCUCAGCAACAUCUUGAAACAAGGCUACCUGGAAAAGAAACGAAAAGACCACAGCUUCUUCGGCCCCGAGUGGCAGAAGAGAUGGUGUGUCCUGAGCAACUCAAUAUUCUACUACUUUGGGAGCGAAAAAGAUAAACAGCAGAAAGGUGCCUUUUACAUCAACGAGUACAGCGUACAGCUGGUGACCAACCUGAGAAAAGACUCCAAGAAAAACGCCUGUUUCGAGCUCUUUGCACCUGGUCGGCGUGUUUUCCAGUUCACUGCCAGCAGCCCUCAAGAGGCCAGAGAAUGGGUGGACCAAAUCAAUUUUGUGCUUCGAGAUCUCAGCUCCAACUUCAUCCCUACAGAUGAUGAGGAGGAGGAAGAGGAGACCUAUGAUGACAUUGAGGGGGUGACCAGCCCUCCCAAGCCUGGGCCCGGUGCUGCCCGGGCCUCUCAGAACACCAGACAGGGAGGAGGGCAGGAGACGGGGGAGGUCGACGAGGAGGACGAGGACAUCUAUGAGGUGCUGCCAGAGGAGGAUUUUCUUGAUCAGAUGGAUGAGAGCAGCGACAAACCAGAUUGGUCAUCAGAUUACGCAAACUACUACCAGGGUUUAUGGGACUGCGAGGCCGACGAGCCAGAUGAGCUGGCCUUCCAGAGAGGAGACCUCAUCUACAUCCUCAGCAAGGAGUACAACAUUUACGGCUGGUGGGUCGGCGAGCUGAACGGCACUGUGGGUAUCGUCCCCAAGGAUUUCCUGCACCCUGCUUACAUCCUCUGAGCUCCAGCAGGUACAGAGAGCUGCUGCUGCCGCUGACGAAUCCGGCCAUGGAUUUCACAGACAGGCCUGUCAGAUAAUCUUUUGUAAUUCGAAAAUUAUUCUCUCUCAUAAGACUGUAAAUUAUAUCACGUAAAUCUGCUGCAGUGGUAGUUAUUUCUGUACACUAUCAGACAUUUGUAAAGGGCCGACACGCUGAAAAGCAAACUGGAGAUGAAACGGUCAGAAACAACAGUUUUGAUAAUUGAUAAAUCUUUUAUUUAUUAAAGAAAAAAACAUCAAAUGAACAAAUCAUUCUCUGGUUGCAGCUUCUCAAAUUUGAGGUUAUAUGAUUAUUGAAUAUAUUUGACUUUUUGAGUGUUCAGGCUUUUAAAGAGCAUCUUCCAUUAUUUUCUAGCAUUUUAUGAAUAAACCAUUGACCAGUUGUGCUGAGGGAAAAAAAAAACCUUUGCUAAUAAAAAUAAGUGUUAGUUUCAGCUGUGGUUCAAACUGUAUAAUCACUGUGGACUAUACAUUUAUGGAUUCACUGGUUACAUUCAGCAGAAUGUAGAUCGCUUGAUGUUAUGUACUAUAUGUAAAAUAUUUUAAACUACAUUCUGGCUGGAGUCAGAGAGAAAUCUCAGAUAUAUCUGGGAUUUACUGCUUGUGUUUGUUAUUAAAGUCACGUUUCAUUUUCACCCACUA